AUGUGGAGGACCAACCUGGUUCCCCCCGUCUUCGGCUUCUGGGGCGGCGACUACACAGGCACGGUGCACAAUGCGUCGGACGCCACCUCCGACGGCAGCUUCAGCGUGCUUCCAUCCGGGGCGUAUCUCUGCCUCAUGUCAGUGCCUGUGGGCAGCUACACUUUGGAGGUCGCCGUGGGUGAUCUGCUUGGGUCUGCUUCCUCAUGCCUGGAGCUAGAGAGCGGCGCCAAGAUCUACGAAGGCAGCGCCGCUGUUGGCGCCAUCGAGCGCGCCUCCGCGGUGGUGCAGAAGGAGAGCCUGGGCGCCUGCCUCACGCUGCGCGCCUGCGCCGACGCCGUGGUGAACUCCUGGGAGGUCUCGCAAAUCGCCUGCCACAGCAGCUGCGGCUUCUGCAGCGGCACGGCCGAGUCCCAGUGCACCAUCAGCUGCAUGGAGGGCCGUACCUUGGAUGCCGGGGACAACGGCACCUACUGCUUGGCGCGGGUACCUUAUGCCCCCACCGGCCUUGCAGACAGCGAGGUGACCAACUCCAGCCUCCGCCUGUCUUGGGAGGCCGGGCUCUCGGGCGGCGAGCCGCUCACCGGCUAUGUCAUCUGGGCCUCCCAAGGUGCCGACUUCAGUGAGAUGGCCUCCGUGGACCUGGCCACCUCGGCGGAGCUCACCGGCCUGGCAGGCGACACGGAGUAUUCGUUCAAGGUCCAAGCGCUCAGCUCCGCAGGCUCGGGGGAUCUCAGCGCUGCGCUCGGAGCGGAGCGUUUGGCGAUCGCAGCCCGUCGGUCGCUGGAGCUGCCCCUCGGGUGUGCCGCCUGGACGGUGCGCACAGGGCCCCUGGUACCAGAGGCUGUGUGGGACCUGGUAGCCAGCCCGGGCCAGCCGGGAGCCAAGCGAAUGGCGCGGGUCUUGUUUCCCGCGGUGCGGGCGGUGUCCUUGGACGUCUUCGGCACGCUGGUGGUCCACAGGCAUCCCAUCCACGAGACCUACGCGGCCUGCGCGCUCUGGGCCAAGCUGGAGAACCCGCCCACGGCGGAGGAGCUGCGUCCGGCCUUCAAGCAGGCCUACCGGGAGGCGCUGAGCAGCGACCCUUGCUUCGGCCAUGAGGCCGGCAUCUCCUCCCGUACCUGGUGGGAGAAGACCGUGCGCCUGGCGCUGACGCACACUGGUCGGGAGUAUCCCCGAGAAGACUUCCGGCGCUACUUCCGGCGGGUCUACCAGCACUACGGUUCUGCAGAGGCCUACGAAGAGCUACCGGAUGCCAAGGACUUCUUGGUCUGGGCGCGGCAGCAAGGGCUCGCCCUCGGCGUAACAAGCAAUACCCCGGAUCGUGUCAUGGACACGGUGCUGCCGAUGCUGGGGUUCCAUGACCACUUCAAGUGGUUCGUGAGCUCCCAGGAGGUGGGCUACCAGAAGCCGGAGCCCUGGAUCUUCGUGGAGACCUACCGCGAGGCGAGCUUCUGGGUGGAGGGGGUCAAACGCGAGGAGAUUUUGCACGUGGGUGAUGGCCUGGCGGCGGACUUCUGCGGCGCGCGGGCAGCGGGCCUGCAGGCGGUGCUCCUAGACCGCGGGGAGGGCAAGCAAGCGCAGUACCAGGACUGGCUGGAGGGUCCGGACUACCAGGGCAAGAGCGAGGAGGACAUCAGGAACUGGACGCUGCAGGACCUAGGUCAAGUCAAGGACCUGAUCCAGCGGAGCAUCAUCCAACAGCUGCAGUGA